AUGCCCGAUGGGACCGAUAAGAAGUCAGACAAGCAAUUCCUUCUCAUGGCCGAGAAACCACCGCUAUCACCAUCUUCGGCUAGUUCAGGCACUGUCAAGGAGAAGAUCCAGAAGUUAGGUUUGACCGACGUCAAUGAAGGGAACGUCGGGGUUCAAGGUGAUGGUUCACAGGGAGUUCAAGGUGGAGGUGUUAAUCAAGACGACAAUGCAACGCAGUUGCAGUUCAACAACAUUCAAGAUCAGGUUGACUAUGCUCCACAGCACACUGGACAGAAUGUGAAUCGGCUAACGCAAGACCAGGUUGCAUCUAUGUUCUUACGUCCUCAACACACCAUUGAUCCAGCCCAGCAGCAGCCGAUUCAGCAGACACUACCAAGGCAGCAGGUUGUGCAACCAGUUCAGCAAACACCUCCAAUCCAACAUGUUGUGCAACUAGUUCAGCCAAACACCUCCAAUCCAACAGGUUGUGCAACCAGUUCAGCAGACGCCACCAAGACGACAGGUCUUGCAGCUGAUUCAGCAGACACUGUUGAGGCAACAGGUUGUCCAGCCGAUUCAGCAGCAAGGUCCGAUGAAUGCAUCGGCUGGCCAGAUGGCACGGUUGUUCCUCAAGUUAUUCCUGAACAUUUGGUGUGCAAUAUUCAGCCAGACCUUCAAAAUUACCAGGGGGGCAACUUGAAUUAUCAAUAUCACCCACCAUCACCUCAUGUUCAGUACCAGCAAGCAGGAUCGGCUCAGCCCCAAUUUGUUCCUCAAUACAAUCAAUUUGAGCCUAUGCCACAACAACUUCAAGGAACACCUCAACAGCGGCCAUGGGCCGAUUUGAUUGUAGAUGUCAUGAAGGAGCAGUUCGGGCUUAGGCCGAAAGACGCUGGAAACCUAUAUCGACAGCCAUAUCCUGAAUAG